GAGUAAAGAAGCUCGCUCCGAUACUAUCAAAGACGAGCGCCCUGUUCCCUUGGUCUCUCGAAAACUACAAAUCCCCCCGUUUCCCCACCUCCUCCUCCUCUCAAAUUCCCACUUUUAAUUUAAUUAAAUCCCCCUUUUUCCUCGAAAAUAUCCCAAAUUAACGUCAAAUUAGAACCAAAUUAUCAUCAUCAUGGCGGUGGUUCUAUCUAAAUCCCCAAUCUCCGCCUCCGAUCUCCACCUCCGAUCCGUUUCCGGUUGUUCCUUGAAGCCAUUGAGGCGGCAUUCUCUUGUAAGCAUGGGAUCGAGGAACUUAUCGAUGAUUGUUCCUGUUCGGGGAAGAAGAUUAGAAGGCAGUAAGAACUGGAAGAGAGGAUUUUCCGUGCGAGCUAGCGUUAGUGAUGGUGGAAGUCCAAACAGUUCCAAUAUCUUCAUUGGCGGAUUUGUCCUGGGAGGAAUAAUAGUGGGGGCACUUGGUUGUAUUUAUGCACCUCAGAUUAGCAGAGCAUUGGCAGGGACUGAUAAAAAAGAGUUGAUGAGGAAGCUGCCAAAAUUUAUAUAUGAUGAGGAAAAGGCUUUGGAGAGAACCCGCAAGAUACUGACAGAGAAGAUUGCACAACUGAACUCCGCCAUUGAUGGUGUCUCUUCUCAGUUACGAGCUGACGAUGAGGCAAAUGGAGCAGCAGUGGCAUCCGAUGAAGUCGAAGCUGCAGUGUAGAAGGUUCAAACCAGAUCUCUUGUAUCUUUGCUCUGGAAAUAAACCCUGGAACGUUAAAAGAGGCAAAUAAGUGAGCACAAAUAACAAAACUCUUAAAUACUUGUAGAUGUGUUGUUAUCGUUCUUGAAAGUUCUGCUUUGCCUAUGAGAAAGUGUUACCCUGUAUAAUUGGACACCAGUUUGGAAAAAAAAGGGAAAUAAAAAAAUGGUCGCAGAAAUAAACACAAAUGUUCACUGCUGUCUCUUCUGGUAUGGAAAUACUCGAGGGGGAUGAUCAUAGUCAAUUGACAUUUAAG